GCGGGGAGGAGGACAGAGGAGGAGGACAGGAGGAGCCGGGAGGAGGGUGCUGCUGGUGGAGGGACAUUCAGUCAUUGUUACAACUCGAGGAGCGGCGGAGACCCCGGUGCUACACUUGAAAACGGGACAACAUUCAGAUCACAUCAUCUCCAUCGGCUGUAGUCAUCCCUAUUUCCAAAGCGUCGUCUCUGUGGUGAAAGGAGGGGUUUUAGUCGUUUGGUUUAGCAGCGUCUAAAGGACUACAGAGUCUCUCAGGUGAUGGGGGUCCUGUGACACACUACCGAUGCUGAGAUGAUGGAUGCAGCCAGAUUCAGCCAUGGCUGUGCUGGAUUACGCUGCAGGGCCCAAACCAUCCCUCUGUGAGCUGAAGAGGAGAGGCUACACUCCUCAAACCCGGUCAUUUCUCUUUCCUGGUGAAAGAGCUGAAAGCUAACAGGGAUCAACCUCUCUUCCCCGAGUCUUUCCUCUCUCUCCUGCUGUACGGACCAAUCAUGGAUCUCCUCUGGGUGCUGUCGGUGUCCAUGCUGACGGUGUGUGUUGCCAUUCCCAUGGAUGCAGCUGCAGGAAGCCACAGCCUGUUCACCUGCGAGCCUAUCACCCUGCGCAUGUGCCAGGGGCUGUCCUACAACUCCACCUUCAUGCCCAACGUACUGAACCAUUACGACCAGCAGACUGCCGCACUGGCUAUGGAGCCCUUCCAUCCCAUGGUGAACCUGCAGUGCUCUCCUGAGCUCAGGACGUUCUUGUGUGCGCUCUAUGUCCCGGUGUGUACAGAGUACGGCCGGAUGACUCUGCCCUGCCGCCGCCUGUGUCUGCAGGCCAAGAGCGACUGCUACAAACUAAUGGACAUGUUUGGUGUCAGCUGGCCGCAGGAGAUGGACUGCAACAGGUUCCCAGACUGUGACGAGCCCUACCCCCGUCGCGUAGAUCUGCAGCCGGUCUCAGACACCACUGACUCCCCUGCCUCUGUGCAGCGAGACUACGGCUUCUGGUGUCCAAGAGAGCUCAAGAUCGACCCUGAGCUGGGGUACUCCUUCAUGGGGGUCAAAGACUGCUCACCUCCCUGUCCUAACAUGUACUUCACGAGGGAGGAGCUGAUGUUUGCCCGAUACUUCAUCGGGGUGGUGUCCAUCGUCUGUCUGUCGGCCACCCUCUUCACCUUCCUAACUUUCCUCAUCGACGUAUCACGCUUCCGCUAUCCUGAGCGUCCGAUCAUAUUCUACGCUGUGUGCUACAUGAUGGUGUCUCUGGUGUUCUUCCUCGGUUUCCUGUUGGAGGACAGAGUUUCAUGUAAUGCAGCAAGUCCUGGAAAGUUUAGAGCUUCAACUGUGACACAAGGCUCGCACAACAAGGCCUGCACCCUCCUCUUCAUGGUGCUGUAUUUCUUCACGCUGGCUGGCAGUGUCUGGUGGGUCAUCCUGACCAUCACCUGGUUCCUGGCUGCUGUUCCCAAGUGGGGCAGCGAGGCUAUAGAGAAGAAGGCCCUCCUGUUCCACGCUUGUGCCUGGGGUAUCCCUGGAGUCCUGACGGUCACCCUUCUGGCCAUGAACAAGAUCGAGGGGGACAGCAUGAGCGGGGUCUGCUUUGUGGGGCUGUACAACAUCACCGCCCUGCGAUGGUUCCUGCUGGCUCCACUGGGACUCGAUGUUGUGGUCGGUGUGGCGCUGCUCCUGGCCGGCAUCGCAGCACUGAACAGGGUCCGCAUGGAGAUCCCUCUGGAAAAGGAGAACCAGGAGAAGCUGGUGAAGUUCAUGAUCCGUAUCGCUGUGUUCUCUGUGCUCUACCUGGUCCCUUUGAUCACUGUCCUGGGCUGUUACCUUUAUGAGAACAGCUACAGAGCCAUCUGGGAGACCACCUGGGUCCAGGAGAAGUGUAGAGAUUACCACAUCCCCUGUCCUUACCAGGUGGAGCGUACCAGCCGUCCAGACCUGGUGGUGUUCCUGUUGAAGUACCUAAUGAUGCUGAUCGUGGGGAUCCCCUCUGUGUUCUGGGUGGGCAGCAAGAAGACGUGCUUCGAGUGGGCCAGUUUCUUCCACGGCAAGAGACGCAAAGACAGGAUGGUCAACGAGAGCCGACAGGUGCUGCAGGAGCCUGACUUCGCCCAGCUGCUGCUCAGGGACCCCAACACCCCCAUCGUGAGGAAGUCACGCGGCACGUCCACCCAGGGGACCUCCACCCAUGCCUCAUCUACACACCUGGCCAUGUUGGAUGAGCCGCCCAGUGCCAGCACCAGCCGCGCAGGGUCUGUCCGCAGUGCACGCUCCAAGAUGAGCAGCUACCAUGGCAGCCUGAAGCGUUCCCGAGACGGCAGGUACACAGCCUCCAGUUUCCGAGCCUUAGACGACCGGCUGCCCUACGGGAGCAUGCCUCGCCUCAAUGACCAAUCACAGUCCAGACACUGCAGCACCAACCGCCUGGACAGCCUAUCACGGCACGGCUCCACCCAGCGGCUGGAGAGCCAGUCGCGGCACAGCAGUGUCAGAGACCUCAGUAUCACCACCCAAGCCAUUCUGGGCGGCCACGGGAACGGGAUUCACCGGGUUCUGGAGGAGGACGGAGCUACGGCCUGAACACAAACUGUAAUCACAGAGUGAUCUUCUCUUUCAGGAGACUUCUGAGGAUGAAGGGAAAGAAUGUGUGAGGAGCCCGAGGAGGAUGGACAGAGUUAAGAGUAGCAAACACUGUGUGUGGAUCAUCCACUUAUGUUGACUUUGGGAGCAUCAAAGUGCUCUGGUGUGCUGACCAAGAGACAAGAACCAGGCUCAAGCAGCCAAAUGAAGAGGACGGAGUUUGGACGGACGCCUUUCAAAGUCCUCUCAGCUUCAACCUGAGCUGGUCCCAAAAACUGAAGCUCAAGAGACUUUGGCCUGGUUCACUGGAUUGAGAGGACCUACAUCAAGAAGAAAAUGUGACCAAUGCUGACAGACUGCACUGAACUGUUUGCUUGUGCUGUGUUUGUUUGUAUAAAAGACUCUGAACAGGAUCUGAACCACGGAUGUCAGACUUUACAAUCCUUCAUUCCAGUCUGAACCUCUCAGCACUGUGGAGAGAGGAGGCAGGGUCUUUUUUUAUCAGUCACACCUCCAUUAUUUUCAAAAUGUCUUAGGUACUUUUACUCAACCAGCAUCAAACCCUUUAUUUAUAAAAACAUUUCAACUCCAAAUGUCAGACUUAAGAUCAGAGGUCACAUGAGGUGUAAGACUGAACACUAGCCUUGUCUUUUUAAAGCUGUUUGUUAAUACUGAUGGACUUCACUGCGUCAGUGUGCUAAUGUACAUCAUUAGAGGAGGAAAUUAGAGGAAUGUGGUGAGCUAGAAUGAAAGGGCUGAAAUACUAGAACAACAGCUGAAUCCAAACUCCUGCCUUAUGACUGUGUUCAGAUGGAAAGUUCAGAGUAUUAACAGACACUGUGAUUUCACUUCAAGGCAACGAAAAGACACGAGUGUGAGGAAACACGUGAUAUAAAACACGUAAGGGGUUAUGAACACACACAUACAGGGGGUGGCUGUGGCGCAGUGGUAGAGAAGGCCGUCUCUCAAUUAGAAAGUGGAGGGAUUGAUCCCGGGUCCCACUGUCCACAUGCCGAAGUGACCUUUGUCAUGACUUUUAACCCCAAACUGCCCCAAGUGGCUCUGUCAGGGGUGUGUGGAUGACAUGAGUUACAUCUGAUGGUGCUUUACACAGCAGCCUCUGCCAUCAGUGUGUGAGUGGUGUGAAUAAGUGAAUGUGACAUGUUUACUACCAGUCAAAAGUUUGGAUACACCUUCUCAUUCAAUGUUUUCAUUUAUUUUAAUUAUUUUCUACAUUGUAGAUUAAUACUGAAGACAUCAAAACUAUGAAAUAAUCUGGUUUUGCCAUAAUCUGGAUUACAACAGUAGUCAAAUAGGGCUAUCCAUUGUGUGCUAACCCUACCUCUGAACAACACAACUGAUGGUCUCAAACACAUUAAGAACACAUUAAAAAUGAACUCUUGACAAGGCUCACGUGUUCAUUCCAAAAAAGAGACCACUUCAUGAAGCAGACUGAGAGAAUACCAAGAGUGUUCAAAGCUGUCAUGAAGGAAAAAGGGGGCUACUUUACAGAAUCUAAAAUAUAAAACAUAUUCUGCUUUGUUUAACACUUUUUGUUCAUUAAAUAAUUCCAUAUAUGUUCUUUCAUAGUUUUGAUCUACAGUGUUGAAAAUAAUUAACAUAAAUACAAACCCUUGAAUGAGAAGGUGUCUCCAAACUUUUGACUGGUAGUGUAUAUGAAAGCGCUUUGAGUGGUCAGACUAGAGAGAGCGCUUUAUAAACAGUCAUAUCACUAUUUUACACACACACACAGACACACACACAGCUAAUGAACAGUCAGUGUGCUGGCUGUUUUGGAGAGUAGUCAAACAGCAGGGCUGAAUUUGCAUGCGAGGUGACAGUUGCUUCUCUCUGUCUGAACACACGUGAUCAGUUUCAUAGAAAGCAGCACACUUACAUUAGUGGGAGUAGUUUGUCCUGUUUAAAAUGUGUCCUUAUUUGUAUAGCGUAUGUAAAAUGUUAGCGCAGCGUUCCCUCUAGUGCAGAAUGAACUUGUGUAUAGAUGUAAAGUUUGAACUUCUUUGUCGAUUUGUAAUAAAGUUUUUUAAGUAAAAUAAAAACACACACUGGUU